ACUUUGAAUGGCGGGGCAGCUAAAUUUUCUUCAAAACAGGGCCAGCAAUAAGCUUGUUCAAAGCAUGAUGUUCCAGUUUAAAAAACCAUAUCCUUACUCUUUCUGUAAUUUGUAGACAGUUACAGCAUAUAAACACCUUUCCACACUGAGGAGCUUACCUGUAAUUAAUUUUCUUUCUUCGAUUCAAAAUGUUGUCGAAAUCGUGUUUCCCGGGAAAAUGGAAGCACAAACGUUGGAAAACCUCGAAACUGUACUCUACGAAAGAUCAAACACAGCAAAUGCAAAACACCCACAUAGUCUCCGCAAACAUUGCCAUAACUCAACGUGCGAAAGUUGGCCAGUUAGAUAUUGCUCGUAAUCUGUUCGAUCAAAUGUCGACUCGAACAGUCGUGUCAUGGAAUACCAUGAUUUCUGGUUACUCAAAGUGGGAAAAUUUUAACGAAUCUCUUGGUUUAGUUUCAACAAUGCAUCGUAGCAAUUUCAAGCUCAAUGAAACAACUUUUUCUACUACUUUAAGUGUGUGCGCGCAAUUGAAGUCUUUGAUUAAUGGGAAACAGAUUCAUUGUCUUGUUUUGAAAUGUGGGUAUGAGAAGUUUGAGUUCGUAGGUAGUUCUUUGUUGUAUUUUUAUGCAAAGUGCUUGGAAAUAGAGGAAGCUAAGCGGGUUUUUCUCGAGUUGCGCGAUGAUAGUGAGUUGUUGUGGACUUUGAUGCUUGUGGGUUAUGUGCAAUGCAACUUGAUGAGUGAGGCUCUGGAUGUAUUUAUGAAUAUGAAAAGAAGAGGUGUUGUGGCGUGGACUAAGCUGAUUUCGGGUUAUGCGAAGAGUGAAGAUGGUUGUGAGAAGGCUUUGGAGUUGUUUUCGUGGAUGAGAGAGAGUGGUGAGGCGAUGCCUAAUGAAUAUACUUUUCAUACUGCUAUAAGGGCUUGUGGCAGACUAGGUGUUUUGCGUGAAGGCAGGGUUGUUCAUGGGACUUUGAUAAAGUAUGGUUUUGAAUUUGAUCACUCGAUUGGAUGUGCCCUGAUUGAAUUUUAUUGUGUUUGUGAAGCUGCUAAUGAUGCUAAGCGAGUUUAUGAUAGAAUAGUAAAUCCAUGUUUGAGCUCUUCAAAUUCACUUAUUAAUGGGCUUAUAUUGAUGGGUAGGAUUGACGAAGCAGAACUGAUAUUUAACAGACUGACAGAAGCUAAUUCUGUUUCAUAUAAUUUGAUGAUAAAAGGUUAUGCGGCCAUGGGUCGAGUUUUGGAUUCAGAAAGAUUGUUUGGGAAAAUGCCUCACAGAACUAUAAUAUCUACGAAUACUAUGAUUAGUGUGUAUUCAAGGAAUGAUGAAAUUAAGAAAGCUGUGGAACUUUUUGAAGAAACUAAGGGGGAAAGAAAUCCAGUGACUUGGAAUUCUAUGAUGUCUGGUUAUAUUCAAAAUGAUCUGCAUGAAGAAGCUUUGCAACUAUAUGUGACAUUGUGCAGAUUAGGAAUAGACCGUACUAGAUCGACAUUCUCUGUCUUGUUUCAUGCAUGCUCAUGCCUUGGAUCUCUGCAGCAAGGAAAAUUACUCCAUGCACACUUGGUUAAAACACCAUUUGACUCCAAUGUUUAUGUGGGAACAUCCCUCAUUGACAUGUAUUCCAAAUGUGGGAGCCUCACGGAAGCUCGAGCAUCAUUUAGCAGCAUCUCUGCACCCAAUGUGGCAGCAUGGACAGCUCUUAUUAAUGGAUAUGCACAUCAUGGCCAUGGCUCCGAGGCAGUCUUACUCUUUUUGUGCAUGCUAGAGCAAGAAGUAGUACCAAAUGCUGCUACUUUUGUUGGGGUUCUGUCUGCUUGUGGUCGUGCUGGUUUAGUCAAUGAAGGGAUGAAAGUUUUCCACUCAAUGGAAAGAUGUCACAGAGUGAUCCCUACAUUAGAACAUUAUGCAUGUAUGGUCGAUCUUCUUGGUAGGUCAGGCCAUCUACAAGAAGCUGAGAAGUUCAUCAAAGAGAUGCCAAUUGAAGCAGAUUGGGUUGUCUGGGGAGCUUUGCUUAGUGCUUGUUGGUUCUGGAUGAACCUGGAAGUGGGUGAGAGGGUGGCUGAGAACAUUUUUAGUUUGGAUCCCAAGCCAAUAUCUGCUUAUGUUAUUAUGUCCAACAUAUAUGCAAUAUCGGGGAAGUGGGGAGAAAAGAUGCUCAUGAGAAAAAGAUUGACAAGUUUGGAAGUGAAAAAGGAUCCCGCUUGUAGUUGGAUUGAGCUGAGCAACAGAGUUUACGUGUUCUCUGUUGAAGACAGAAAUGACCCAAAUUGUGAUUUGAUAUAUGCUACUUUGGAGCAUCUAACAACAAAUCUUAACUCAACUGUCCAUAAUCUUAAUUCCAUUGUCCAAUAUGAUUGAUAUUCGAUGUCAAUACAGAGUCUAGCUAUUAUAACCUACCAUUGACCAAAUUUUUUGUAGCUGUAUCAUCCAAAGUUGAAAUUUUGGUGCCAAUAUUAUUUAUGUGGUUCCUAUUUUUUCUAAAGCAAAUGAUUGAUAUCCAUCUUCCUUUAUAUAUUUUUUGUGACCUCUUGUUCUAUAAUCCUUACGUUUUAUGUGGCACUGUUGUCUCUUCUUACUCUUUCGUAAUUUAAGAUGCACUUGAUGGAUGGCGCGUUUGGUCUUCUACAUCAAAACACCACAGUUUCUUGAAACUGAGUGACUUUAUGCUUUGGUUCGGAGCACAGUUCUUACAAAAUUCCUGUAUAGACCAAAGUGGUUUCAACACUUUCAGUAGUUUUUCUCUAUUUAGAAAUGAUAAUGAUGCAGAUUAAAUGUUGUUCUGGGAAAAAGAUACCAUAAAUAUGACUAUUAUUUGAAAAGGUGGUUGUUGCGCAUAAUGGAUGGUGACGGGUGAUUAAUUGUGGACAAUUUCAUGCUGUUAUCUCGCAACUUGUUGUAAAAAGACGUGAGCUGGUGACUUUGAAGAAUACUACCAUGAACCAAUAAUGAGAAAAGGUAACUCACCACAACCACCAGUGGAGAACCAUACAUUGCCACAGAGGCCACCAGUGCAACACUGCCCACAAACACCUUGCGAUGAUGGUGGUCAUGGAAUAGAAAGCCUGAUAUAAUUGCAGUGAUGCUGAACACUAGGAUAACAGGUAUCAACGUAGCAGCAACCUUCAUCUGUAGAUUCAUUAUAUUUAAUUUAUGAUACUCUUUCCCAAACUAUGUGUAUGAAAAUGCAUGCAGGCAAGAAUACACACUGUCUCAUGUUUUUCCUCACUUCCACUGAAUAUAAAUAACAUUUCUGCAAAUGAUACAAAAAUGGCAUGCAUGGAAACAAAAUUGUACAUUUUCAGCAUGCACCAGUU